UGAAUCAUAGUUCAUCUUCAACAUGCAGCGGAGAGAGGGUCAAAGAAGAUUGUAAUUCGAACAGUGGACACAGAUAUCAUUGCUAUUCUCGUCGGGCAGCUUCCAUCAUUGAUCGUAGAAUAUCCUGACAUUGACAUUUGGGUAGCAUUCGGUAUGGGCAAGAACUUCUGCCACUAUAACAUCAACAACAUUUGUAGAAAUCUCGGAGAAGACAAGUCACUAGCGCUGCCCCUGUUUCAUGCCUACACUGGCUGUGAUACUACGUCUUGCUUUCUUGCAAAAGGGAAGAAAAGUGCUUGGAGGGUCUGGAAAUCUUAUCCUGAAGUAACACAGGCAUUCCUUCACUUUGUGGAUCAUCCAUUCCGAGCAGUCGAUGUUUCAUGUGAACAUUUCCGUCAUCUUGAGCGAUUUACAGUCCUGCUGUAUGACAUCACAAGCAAUCUCCUCUCUGUGAAUGAAGCACGCCGAGAGCUUUUCUGCAAGAAGAAAAGAAGCCUGGAGAAUAUACCCCCAACUCAGGAUGCCUUGCUCCAGCAUAUCAAGAGAGUGCUAUACCAAGGUGGUAUCUGGACAACAUGUCGCCAGGCACAACCUUCGGUUCCUCCCCCAGAAGGGUGGGGAUGGACAAUGGAAGAUAAUCACUGGGCACCCGUUUGGAUGACCAUCCCCGAGGCAGCUAAAGUCUGUAAGGAGCUCAUCAAGUGUGGCUGCAAGUCAGAAUCUGGUUGUGUUAGUCGCUGCAGGUGCACAAAAGCCGGGCUACCCUGCACAGAACUUUGCUCUUGCAACUGUCAGAAAUAAUUCCUUCAUUUAUCUCAUUAGCAACAAUGUAUGGUUGCGCUUACCAGGUAGGCAUUUCCCUCAUUCAGAAGCUUGUAAUGAUGAAAACAUUGGGAAUACCAUUCCUUUUAUUUAGCCUACUGUUUACACAACUCUCCAGGUG